AAAUUCAUCGAACACUGAUCAUGGAUUUUAAAAUUUAAGGAAUGAUGACUGAUUAAUAAAACUAUUUAACUUUACACCUCAAAACCAGCAUAUGCACAUUUCAUAUUAGUGAGAGACCGGCUAAUGCUUUAUUUUUUCUAUAUUAUAUAGCACCUAUUUAUCAAUUCCUUAUGUGUUACAGUUCUUCCUGGUCUUUAGUGUGUUUUUAUUGAUUCUCAAUAAUGGCGAAACAAACCGCAAAAUUCCAAGUUCUGGAAAGUAAUAGGCAGUUUACGACUACUCUCUACAAUGUUUUGGCGGAAAGACCAGGAAAUGUUGUCUUCUCCCCUAUCAGCGUGCACGCUGUUCUUUCCAUGUCUUACCAAGGAGCCAAAGGUACAACUGCUGAAAAGUUUGCUUCUAUACUGCAAGUACCUACAGCUGCAGCCGCUGCAGAAGGUUACAACAUUGUGAUGAAUCGUCUCAAUUCUAUUCCAAAUGUUACAAUUCUGAUGGCUAAUAAAAUAUAUCUUAUGGAAGGCUAUCAACUCCUGCCUGAGUUUAGCAACGUCAUCACUAAGAAUUUCUUAUCUGAGGUACAACUACUUAAUUUUGCCGCAAAUCAGGUAGCUGCUACAAGAAUUAACGCUUGGGUGGAAGAAAAGACAAAAGAGCAAAUUAAGAACCUAAUUAGCAAGGAAGCUUUAAAUGCAUCAACCCGUUUAGUACUUGUAAACGCCAUCUAUUUCAAGGGCAGUUGGAAGGAUACAUUUGACGAGGAAGAUACCACAACUGAACCAUUCUACCUCAACCAUGUAGAUUCAGUUGAAGUGCAAAUGAUGCAUUCGGAUAUGGACUUUUAUUAUAAAUCAGAUCCAAAGCUUUGUGCUAAAAUUUUAAAACUGCCUUACACUGACGAAAAUCUAAGCAUGGUUAUUAUUUUACCUUAUGAUAGAAAUGGAAUUGCUGAGCUGGAAAAGAACCUGGCCACUGUUAACAUAACUGAGAUAAUACAAGAUAUGUGUUUUAGGUUAGUUACCGUAGCUUUACCUAAAUUCAAAGUUGAAAAAAACAUGGAUUUAAAGUCUCCUUUAACUAAGCUCGGAUUUGCUGAAAUUUUUGAUAAAUCUGUCGCAAAUUUUGGUGGUAUGAUUACUGCAGAUGAGCAGCUAUUUGUGAGCAAAUUUAUACAGAAAGUUUUCAUUGAAGUAAAUGAACGAGGGUCUGAAGCAGCAGCUGCAACUACUGGUACGUUGGAGAUGUUCUGUCGUAAGCCAGACGAGUUCAUAGCAGAUCAUCCUUUUAUAUAUUUUCUCUACGACAAAAAGAGUACUUGUAUUUUUGCUGGACGCCUCUUCAAUCCAAAUGAUACAUCAUAAUGCAUUUUUCGUUACAAUAUUUUGAAGAAUAACGCCACAG